AUUGCUUUAAGAAUCCAAGAAGCUUCUCCUCUGAAACCAAUCUGCGACGAAUCCAAUAUCAAAAGAUGAAUUCGCUUAGUGUUCACCGUAAAGUUUAAUCACUUUCAAUCGAUUUCACCGGUGACUAACUCAAUUUCCCUGUGGCUGUAUUUGAGUUUGGUUUGCGAUGGGAACUGUGGUUGGAACUGUUGAGGACUGCAGAGAGAUGUUUGAAAGCAGUGCUGCUCAGACAAGGAUCGCACCGUUUUCUCCAACUAAUCAGAUUGAAAAUCCUGUUGCCUACAAGCUUGUCCGGGUUGCAGGAGAUGGGAGACUAGUUCCUGCAACCGAUGAAGAAAUUUUUGAGGUCAACGAGACAGAUAUGCAUACUGCAUCAGAUGCUUGUCACAGUGUAGGCUACCUUCCUGCUGAAGGGUCACCUUCUCAAUUGUCCCAACUAGAAGAAACUUCUGAAGCUGUCAAUUCAGGUUUAUUGCAGUCUGAUUGUGUGGAACCAUAUACAAACCAGUGUUCUGAGAUGUUGCAAAAGGUCGAGAAGGAUGAGAGGCUUGUCAUGAUACAUGGAUCUCACAUGCUUUCUACUCCUCCAGAUACCAAUAUCCAGUUUUGUAAUGAAAACAACAUGUUUGAUGAGGAUCAGGUCCACCAUGAAGCGUUGCUGCAGCAACCCAUUCCUCUCUCAUCAGAUGUUCAGACUGGAUGCAAUUUUGAUCAAUAUAAUACAGUUGAACCAUUCUCAAACUCAACAGCAGCUAGUCCAAAAGAAACUGCAGCGCCUCCUGCGGAUACUCAAAAGCCUGAUUUUUCUUUAGUUAGAGGUGAGAUCUGCUUGAAUAAUUUGCCUAUUAAAGCACUGCAAGAAACAUUCAGGGCAACCUUUGGCCGUGAGACGACUGUUAAGGAUAAGACUUGGCUGAAAAGGAGGAUUACAAUGGGACUUACUAAUUCCUGUAAUGUACCAACAACUAACCUGACAAUUAAAGACAACAAGCUAGUUGUAAAUCAAGACAAGGCCAGUGUAAGGGCUACUAACCUGAAAGAUGCACCACCAUAUAGUACUGAUCACGUCAGUGGACAUUCAAAUACUUCUGGCCAUAAUCUCACUGAAGAUUUUUCUUGUGAAGAGAGGGCUGCGAAAAGAGUUAGGAAACCUACACGAAGAUACAUUGAAGAACUUUCAGAAACCGAUGAAAAACAGCAAAAUGACAACAAGUCAGUGGUUACUUCAAAAGAUCAGAGGCUUUCCGAAAAAACUGAGGUCAGGUCUAUAAGCGUCUCCUUGGGGAAGAGAGUCACCGUCACCAGGGUGGUAUCACUUGCUGGAUCUGAAAUUGAGGUUCCUUAUGUCUCUCAUGUCCGGAGAAGCCGUCCAAGAGAGAACAUCAUGGCUCUUAUGGAAUGUCACUCCAGUUGCUUGGAGGCAAAAGCUAGUUCAGGAGAGAGUAACAUGCUACUACACAGUGAAGUGGUGAACCUAGAUCCAUCAGUGGUAAAGUCUGCUUCUGUACCAGAACAAAAAGAAUUAGCUACAAGUAGCAGCAACAACGAGGAGGAGGAUGUUCUCACUGAAGUUGAUCAAGACAUGGAGGCAGGAAACAUUGACUCAUCUGGAAAUAGCUCUGAUGACAAUAAUAAUAAUAAUAAUAUUGGUGCGACGCCAAUGAUGCAAGGUGGUGGACUUAGAAGGAAGCAUCAUCGAGCUUGGACUCUAUCUGAGGUUACACAAUUAGUGGAAGGUGUAGCCAAGUAUGGAGCUGGGAAGUGGUCCGAAAUCAAAAAGCUCUCCUUUUCAUCUUAUUAUUCAUACCGUACCUCUGUAGAUCUCAAAGAUAAAUGGCGAAAUCUUCUGAAAGCAAGCUUUGCUCAGAGUCCCUCAAACAGCAUGGGAAGUCUUAAGAAACAUGGAUCCAUGCACAUUCCUAUGCAGAUUCUGUUGCAAGUAAGGGAGCUCGCGGAGAAGCAAGCACUGGUCCCACCGAAUCAACGAUAAAAUAAAGGUUGUUGGAGAUUGAGGAAACAGGAUCCAACUGAUUGUAGCUGAGUUUUGUAAAAUAUCAACCAAGUAAGGGAGAUGAGAAUGUGAGAUAACUGUUGGCUUGUGUAACUUUUAUUAGGAAGCUUUGGUCUAAUUUAAACUAUCUUUUUUGGUCAUUUAAAUGGCUUUUCAUAUCUAAAGGUGAAACUUUGCUCUUAGUUUCAUACUAGGAUAAGACGUGCGCAUUGCGUAAUGUGAAUGUACGUAAUU